AUGCAAUCCCCAUCUACUAGCGCCAGUGUUGUCUCUUCCAACUCGUCGCUGGCGAAAUCUUUGGACAAAGAUGUUUGUUCUUCUGCGAUGAAAUCCUAUCAACAUCUCAUAUCUUUUCCUCCUUCACCGCUUUCUCCUAGUAUUUUGUCAGACAAUGGGGAUGUAAUUCGAUGUAGUCGACCAACCACACCUUCUAAACAAGCUGUCACUAUUUCUAACCAGCGGCCAACAUCUUCAUCUGGUGCUCAGUUAACUUCGCAAGUGUACAGGGCCUACCAGAACUCUCCCAGAGCUUGGCUUCUUAGGGAAAGACAUUGGCUACACCGUCAUUUACCUACUGUCACCCCUGCGUCUUCUUCUCCCGCUAAACGUCCUCGCCGAAUGGUUAGUACCACCUCCGCUACGGUUGAAUCAAAAGUCGUCGCAGAAACCCCAAGGGCUUCGCCUGAUUUCUCGGAAUCUCGCUCUACUACACCUGUCUCUUCCUCCUCUAGAAGCCAUUUUUACUCAAAAUCAAUGACUACUAGAUUUAAACAAUCCAGCCGAGAAUUUUCUUCUACUAGUCAGGUACUUGACGUUGCUAAUACCCCUUUUGAAAUGCUUCCUGAUUAUUCCCCAGACAUGUCCACCCUUGAUAAAAGAGCACAUUCUCGCCCUUUGCGUAGUGAAUGGAAAGGUCCACCUCUUGAUUUGUCUAAUGACGAACAUCGACAUCUUCUCCAUCCAGCCGAAAUACAACUUGCAGCCACUCUUCGCCUUCCCUGUCUUAUCUAUUUAGACAACAAGCGUCGUAUUUUUGCCGAAUGGCACAAUCGUCGUUCUCAAGGUCUAAGUUUUCGUAAAACAGAUGCUCAACGCGCAAGUCGCGUUGAUGUUAAUAAAGCUAGUCGAUUGUGGAAAGCUUUUCAUGACGAAGGAUUUUUCGAUAAUUAG